UGGUAAUUCCUACACAACUCUUGUUUUUUCUUUUUUGCUUUAAUAUGAAUGAUCCAAGUCAUUUACUAAGCUUCAUUGUUUUUUUUGUAGUUGUGUUAUAUGGAUCGCGUUUCUUUUAUGGGUCGAUCAAUUGAGCGAAAGUUCCAUCUAGUGAGUUGUUGAAGACGAGAAGAUAUUUUUUUAUAGACGGGACUUCGAAUUGACCAUGGCCGGUGACUUUGGGACCGGAGUUGUCAAGCCACGGCUAGUUAUUGAGAGGAAUGCGGAAGGAAAUAUUAAUCUUGGACAUGAGCAUGAUACUAAGGAUUCUAAAAAGGCUUGUAUUAAAGUUGUAGCUGAUGCAACGAAUGGUCUUGCUAUAGCAUUUAGCAAUUUUGUCAAUGCUAUUGAAGUUGCGAAAUCCGAGUUUCCAAAUUUUGAAGCUAUUGACAAGUUAUCAACCUUAGCUCAUUCUAUGAUGGAAGUUUACAAGGACUCCAACAAAAGCAUUGAGUGUAAUGUGAAUGUUUAACCAAAUGAUCAUUGUAGUACAAGUGGAAAUGUUUUUGUAGAUGAGGAUGAUGAGUUAUUUAAUGACCCCGUGUUUUGGGAUGCUUUUGAGAAGAUAGAGAUCCUUUACAAAGAGACCUAUGGGAACUAGAAACCGUGAUAUGCCCUCCUUUGAUUUAGGAAUUGAUUUAUCUCAAACUUCUUCUCCUCUGAGUGUCCCUUCUCCUCCUAUUGUCUUGUCCCCUUGCCAGAAGAAAAGGAAGGAAUGGAAUCAUAGUGAUAUUAUUCAAUCAAUUCGUCGUUCACCUAGAUUAAUAAAUGUUGAUAGUGAAUGUG